AAAUCUUGUCCAUUUAACAAGUAACAUUAUGCUCUUGAUACCUUACAAUUUUAUCGCAUUAAUGUUAAAAGUCAUGUUAUUCAUGCGUAAAAGCAAAUUGUGACAAAUAGAAUAAUACUGAGUGCUAAGCUGUGAUGUUAUGUGGUAUACUUUGAAUACAGUGUUCGUGCCAUUCCUUUCGUACAUUAGACAUUGGCUGCGAUUAAUAUCUUGUGAACAUCCUCAUGAGAAUUAUAGAAAUUUAGAACUUCUUUAGGAAAAGUUGCCUUUUAGUAGAAAUUUCAAUAAAACGGUUUGAAAAACUUCAAUCAUGACAGAAAUCACCCUUCAAGAUUUACAAAAACUUCUCAUAUACUUCUCGAAAAACACUUAUCGAGCUAAGGAUGCGGACAGCACGAGUCAAGCAAUUAUGCAAAGAUGUCUGCUACUCACUGAUUUAGAUUAUACCCACUCCAUAAUAAAUAAUAAUGGAGGUGAUCUCAGUGCACACUAUCCUAGCCAUCUUAUCAUUUUAGAAUAUGAGAAGUAUAGAAAUCCAAAUAUGUGUGAUACGCCGCCACCACUGCCACGCGCAACAGAAACUAUAUACGAAAGCAUGUAUGAUCCAAAUAAAUUGAAGGAAUUGAUAAAAAGUGCCAGAUUUGCCAGGUGUCGUUCAAGAUUUCCACUGCCAGUAAUAUUGUAUAAGGGUAGACACGUAUGCAGAUCAGCCACGUUGUCCGGCGGACCAGAGAUUUAUGGUAGAUCUGGACUAGAUUAUUUAUUUGCCGGUAGUGAAGGAGUAGUAUCUAUUCAGCAACAAGUGGACGAAGCUCGUGCGAGCGAUUCUGUGCUUUGUGAUUGGCAAUUAUUUGAUAAAGUUAGGCAUCAAGACAUCAAACUUCUAAAAACACUUAAUGUAGGAACAAUUAUUGAUUUCAUGGUUGAGAAGAAGAAGGUCAAGUUUGGAAUGAAUGUAACUUCCUCGGAGAAAGUAGACAAAGAGAAGAGGUACUCAGACUUCACCCUAAUUUCACUGCCGUAUCCUGGAUGUGAAUUCUUCAGGGAGUUUAGAGAAAACGAUUAUCUGGCUAAGGGUUUAGUGUUCGAUUGGUCUCAGACACAUGUAGAUGCACAAAUUGGUGUGCCAGAAGAUUCAAUUUCUACUCAAUUGCGAAUUAAUUGGGAACAGUACCAAGUCUGGGAUCUAGUCAAGCUUUCUCAAAAUUAUUUAAAACUGAUAUUACGAUACUUGAGCGAUAGUAGUAGCGGAAUGUUGAUACACUGUAUCUCAGGUUGGGAUCGCACACCUUUAUUUAUUUCACUGUUGAGGAUAAGUUUAUGGGCCGACGGUGCAAUUCAUACGUCGCUGAACGCGUAUCAAAUUCUGUACUAUACGAUAGCGUACGAUUGGAUGCUGUUUGGUCACGAUUUGGAAGAUCGAUUAAGCAAAGGAGAAGAAAUAUUUUUCUUCUGUUUCUAUUUUCUAAAACACAUCCACGACGAAGAAUUUAGCGUUCAUCCGCGCCACAACAGAUCCAGACACGCGGUUCUACGCAACGAUAGUGACUCGCAAUUAGAUAAUGUUAUGUUCGAUAGUGAAUCUGUAGUGACCCUAAGCUCGGUCAGCUCCAACUUAAGUCUGAAUAGUUGGUGUAGCUCUGUUAGUCAAAAUAGCAGGGAUAGUCAAGAUAAUAAUCCACCAGCGGUGUUUCACUGUGCUUCCACAGAGAAUCAAGACGAUUGUCACAGUAACGGGAAUGUUGUUCCAUGGUCAUUCUAUCCUUCCCCAAAUAAGGAAGGUAUUGCUCAUGGUUCACGAUCACCCCUUCCUCCGAAUCGAACUUCGCCUGUAGCGGUUCCUGUACCAGGACGCCUCCGACAACGAAACGAAUCUUCGUCGUCUGGCGGUUCUUGGCAGAUGAUAUCGGGAACCGGAAGUUUACGUGGUUCCACGACUGCCAAUGCUCUGCUCGCGGACGGAUUAACGUCUUCUAGUUUAGUUUGCAAACCCCUUUGCGAAAUUUGUACAGGUCACGCAUCUCAAGAAUCAAGCACGACAAUUAUCGAGGAUGAAGCAUGUGCAUUGUUAGCACAAUCCCGCAGAGAAAAGUUACAGUGUUUAAGAAGAAUAUUUUAUAACGCUUAUAGUCAUACUGUUGGAUUCCGAAUGAAAGAUAAUUCUGAAUCGAGCGGUUUCGGUCAGCUACUUGGUAAUUUUGCCGAAAAAGUAGGGAUUCUUUCUGUUCAACGCACAUCCUUGUGACUAUAAUGUCCAUUAACUUCCCACAAUCAUGAGUUUACUGUUAUUGAUUCCUUGACUCAAUUCAGAAUUUUAUAAAACGCUAUGCAAUGGAAAUAAAACAACUGUAAAUUAUUGUUUAUGUGAAUAUUGCAUUGUUACACAAGAAGCAGCGAUUAUA